GCACCCCGCCAUUUAUGGCCUUGGCUGUCAAUCACCAGGUCCCGGCCGGUGAUUCCCCAUCGGCACCCGGUGAUCUCCAAGUAUCUCCGAUGGAGGAGAAACCUGUAUGUAAACAAUACUGAUCUCUCCCGUCAGCUCCUGCAACUGCUUUGUAUGGCUCUGCAUAGCAAAGCCAGUGUAAAGCAAACACAGCCCACAUAGUAAAACAGCACACAGCUAACCCUUUCAUCGCCCCACAUGUUAACCCCUUCCUGCCCAGUGUCAUUAGUACAGUGUCAAUGCUUUUUAUUAGCACUGAUCACUGUAUUGGUGUCAUGGGAUGUCAGUGAUACCAAGUCAGUUACGCCCAGUGUCAGAAUGCCCGCCGCAGUCCCGCUAUAAGUCACUGA